UACGACUUGGCAGCAAAUCAAUUACGAUCAGCAUUUCAAUAUGAAGAUGAACACCCGAGUACUCCUCAGCCUCACCUUGGCCAUAUUCUUCGCAGGUGCCCAUGCAGCUACGAUCACCUUCACCAACAACUGCCCCUACACCGUAUGGCCGGGAACCCUCACUUCCGACCAACAACCCCAACUAUCCACCACCGGCUUUGAGCUAAAACAAGGAGCCAACAACCAAGUCAUCACUCCAGUUCCAUGGAAAGGCCGCUUCUGGGCCCGAACCGGCUGCACCACCGCUGCCGACGGAAAGUUCUCCUGCGCCACAGCUGAGUGCAGCUCCGGCCAGGUAACAUGCAACGGCAACGGUGCAAUCCCACCGGCAACCCUAGUCGAGAUCAACAUCGUAGCUGACGGAGGUCAGGACUUCUACGACGUCAGCCUGGUAGACGGCUUCAACGUGCCCAUGUCCGUAGCCACGCAGGGUGGAACAGGCGACUGCAAACCCUCUUCAUGCCCGGCCAACGUGAACACCGUCUGUCCUGCCGAGCUGCAAGUGAAGGCCGCCGACGGGAGCGUGAUCGCAUGCAAGAGCGCGUGUACGGCGUUCAACGAGCCAAAGUACUGUUGCACACCUCCGAAUAACACUCUCGAAACAUGUCCACCUACAAACUACUCUCAGAUCUUUGAGGAGCAGUGCCCUCAGGCUUAUAGCUAUGCUUUCGAUGACAAGAGCAGCACGUUUACAUGCUUCGGAGGACCUAACUACGCUAUUACUUUCUGUCCUGCAUGAGUAAUACAGAGAUGAAAUCAUAGUUAGAAAGGAAGCUAAUAAUGAUCAUAUCCCAAUAUUUCAUUGCAGUAGUGGGGAUGAUAAUUAAGAAUAAGUUGUAUCUAUCUUGACACCUUCAUGUAGUCAAGAAUUCGGUAUUAAUAAUUUCGAUGGAAUGAAGACGAAAGUUGAUAUUUGAA